CGCAACCUAACUGAAAAGGAGCCAUCCGGUUAUUGUGAAUGCUGCUCCGUUUCAUUCAAAAAUCUGCAUGAGCAUCUUAAAUGCUCUGAUCACCAGCAAUUUGCCUCGAAUCCUGAGAAUUUUCGACUGCUCGAUUCAGUUAUUGAAAAAUUGCCCACGUUUUCCGAAUUCCUCGCUCAACGCUCCAACCAACUCUCACCGCGGCCCAAUGAUGUUGAAUCGUCUUCUAUGCCCUCGUCAGUCUACCGUGUGAUAUCACCUCUUGCAAAAGCUGAUGAAAUUGCCAAAUCAAGCACUUGCAAGCUCAAGGUUACUCUUUUUAUCAUCACAUAUUUUACUUUCACGAUUGAGUUCGUAUUAAUUAUUCUUGCUCAGUCGCUAAUAAUGCUUGCACUAGCUGCAGGACUCUCUUAA